UUUACAUCCAAUUGUAGCACGUGUAAUGUUUACUCACUUUGGAUUACGCUUUAUUUAUUUUUAAGCAAUUUACAAAUUGUUUUAUCUCGAUAACAAUUGUUCCCUAAUUUAUCAAAUGUCAAAUAAUGAUUUUAUUUCGUUAUUGAAUUAUCAAUUUCGGGUAGAUAAUAAAACGACGACUUUUAGCUCUGUUCUAAUGUUCCAAAAAUAGUUUACUGUCUUCGCUUUUAGAACAUAAAAAGCAGUUAGUUUGAGUUUCCAAUUCAGUUAGCUGUUGUCUGUUCCCAGACAAGUCGUACCUCGGAUCGAAGUUAAUUUAAUAAAAAAUGAAUACGACAACUCCAAGGAAUACUUUAUGGCAAGUGUUCGUACUACUCGCCAUCGGCCUGUUUGCUGCACCUGUUGUAGCAACCACAUUUGAUCCGGAUUUGAUUUGCACCCUAAUUGUUAAUGGCACUAAAAUCAACGAUCCUCGAGCCUGUGAUAAAUGGAUACAGUGCAUUAAUGACUUACCUGUUAAUGGAUCCUGUGCCGAGGGACUAUUCUAUGAUCGAGAGAGUGAAGACUGUUUACCCUCUGCAGAUGUGGACUGUCUUUCCAGUGAUCCUUGCGCCGCUACUUCCAAUGGCUUUACGGCCGAUCCAUACACCUGCAAUGGCUAUUAUUACUGCAAGAAUGGCACUGGCAACAGGGGCGAAUGUAAUUCUGGGUUGAACUACAAUCCCAGUACUGAAGCUUGCAUUCGAGAUUAUCCUUGCACUGACAAAAUGAACCCCGACAGCUAUUGCAAUAUUCUGCCCGAUGGCGUCUUCAUUAAGGACACUUGGAACUGUGAUGGCUGGCAAAUGUGCUGGCAGGCAGAGCUUGUCAAUGGCACCUGUCCAGAUGGUUACUACUUUAGUGCGAGCCUGGGUAAAUGCGACUAUCCACAGUACGUGCAAUGCGCUUUCACUGAGGCACCACCCCAAACAGUUCUUCCCGAUGUCUGUCCCAAAGCGGGCACCUUUAUUUCCGACGAUGAAACAUGCAAUGGCUACUAUUAUUGUCGGAAUACCACGCAGGGGCAAUUGGUUCUGGAGCAUGGCGUGUGCUCCGACGGUCGCUUCUUCUCUGCUGCGAAUGGUGGCGCCUGCGUACCACGAACUGAUAUACGUUGUGACUACAAUCGAUGCGUCAACAUGGGGAAUACAACGAUACAGCUGGCCAACUUGUCGGAUGAUGGAUGCACCGGAUUUGCUAUAUGUCAAAACGGUACCAUAAUUGCGGAGGCCGAUUGCCCAAACGGCGAAUAUUUCGACGAGUUGACUCAGCUGUGCACAACACAGGUUAUUUCGUUUGUAGCCUGUGCCCUAUCAUCGGAAUCAACAGAAUCGACGACAGAAAAGUUGAUCGAUGAGGAAAUAUCGACCACCACAGCCACGUGAGCUGUAUGGAGACUAUGAAAGAUCAUUGUUUACCAUAAUUAAAAUCAAUUAUUAUUAUAUCCAAAGUAUUAUAAAUAUUAAAAUUAUUUAAAUAAAUGAUAAUAAGCUUAGAA